AUGGCUCUCCCGUAUCCCGAAGCAGGUACCCGAACUGAUAUUGGUAUAAAUUCCGGUCUGACUAUGUUAGAUACAGGACGAACUGGUGAAGAUAAGGUUCUGAUAGUUAUAACUGAUGGUUAUUCUGAUAAUUUGGAACUUACGAAGAAUGCUUCUACAACAGCUAAAGCAGAUGGUGCUACCGUGUACGCUGUCGGUGUCGGAGGCGAUGUUUUGGACAGCGAGUUGUCGGAUAUUGCUUCUGGAACUGGAUAUGUUGAAAGAGCAACCAACUUUGAUACAGUGCUAGACUCAUUAGAUAUUGGUAUACCGGAAGUUAACUUAUGUGGAAUAGUUGGUUGUUAUAAUUUUAAAGCUAGUUCUUUGUGA